AUGUACUUCUCAAGACUAUUAUUAUUAUGCAGUAUUUGUGUUUUUAUACUAUCAACUAUUAUUCCUCAAGAGUUAGUGAUUAGACCAUUCAACAUUGGUAGUGAUGAUGCUCAUCAAUACGAGAAAGAGAAGAAAGGUAUAAAUGGCUUAAUGAAAAGGUGGAGUUUCGGAGGAGGUUCCAGAGGGGGAUUUUCUAGUGGGUCGUCUUCUGGAUCUCGUGGAGGCUCAUCUAGUGGGUCGUCUUCUGGAUCUCGUGGAGGCUCAUCUAGUGGGUCUUCUGGAUCUCGUGGUGGCUCAUCUAGUGGGUCGUCUUCUGGAUCUCGCGGAGGCUCAUCUAGUGGAUCAUAUUCUGGUCAUAGAGGUAGUGGAGGUAGAACAGGUGCAGGUAUAGGCGCAGGGUUAGGGAUCGGUGCAGCCUCACAUCAUAGACAUGGAAAUAGCUCUAACUCCCAAAGUUCGGAGAGCUCUUCUGAUUCAUUGAAAUGUGACUUAUCUGGCUCACUUGUUAAGAUAGGUAUUGCAUUAUUGUUAACCUUGGCAUAG